AAUGAGGCCUUAUUUAUUUAAUUAACAUUUCGGAUGAUUUUUUAACAUUUUGGAUGAUGUUUAUUUAUUCCUUUGCAGUUUGGACAGCAAGGAGACUUGUACAUUGGUUUCUAAACAUGGAUAAAGAAUGGGUGAAAUUUGACAGACGUGGGAAAAAAUACCAGGAGGCAGCACGUAGUUUUGCCAAUGCAGCUCGUGCGCGAUCGGGAGAUUCAGAUAUGAUUGUGUGCCCUUGUUUGCAAUGUAGAAACUUGCAGCACCACCACUUUGAUAUAGUGUACGAACACAUUGUCAUAAAAGGGUUCGAUCCUAAUUAUAAAAUUUGGUUCUUUCAUGGUGAAAGACCAAACGGGUCGACCCAAAACGAGACUAAGGGAGAACCUUGUGUCGCUCGAGAAGAAGAUGCUAAAAAUCUCGUCAGAAAAGCAGAGUGUCCGUUCAAUGAAGUUGUUGGCAACAAAAAGGUCGAGCUGACGAAUUUCCCUUUCUUUUCUUGCAGUGCGUGUACGUAUUGGAGGAGAAAUCGUAGUGAUUAUUACGUUGCUUUCAAUAGUCUUGAAUACGAUCUCGAUCUUCAGUCGCUUCGAAGUGUUCGAGUUUGUGAACACAGUUUUGGUGCUACUCCGUCUAAAGUAAAUCCAACAAAUCUAGGUAUUAAUGCUCGAGUCGACAAUUUUGAAGCAAUGCUGAAAUCUUUAGAGCGCAGGAUGGAUGCUUUCGAAGCUAAAUUGGAAGCACUUUUGAAAGUACAUCAACAGUCGGAGCAAGAAAGUCAUUCGAAGCCCACCGAUUAUCAAAAUGCAAAGUGUCGGUUAUUACAUUGGUAUAAUGUUGAAGCUGAAGAAGUUGUAGGUGAAGGGCAUAUUGUUUCGGUUGACCCACGCGCUAAAGUUUACGAUAUGCCUCUUGGUAGAGAUUGUUGCAAGGUGUUGGUUAACGCGGUUUUCGAUGAAGAUUUGGAUUUGAUUAGACGCGCGGGCGGAUUUAAAAAGCUUAGUGAGGCUUUAGGAAGUAUAGUUGCGUGGCCAAAAAGUUGUAUCAAAUUGAUUUAG